AUGUGUGGCGGCGCGAUCAUCUCCGACUUCACCCCGGAGCGCGACCACCGCGGCGGCAGCAAGCGGGGCCUCUGCACCGCUGACUUCUGGCCGCAUGCCGCCGCGUUCGACGACCCUACCGACCACCACGACUUCUACCCCGACGAGCUGACCGGCGCCCGCUCGUUCCCUCCCCAGCACCGAGCGGCAGAGGAGGAGCCGAGCAGGAAGCGGGAGCGCAAGACGAUGUACCGCGGCAUCCGGCGGCGACCGUGGGGCAAGUGGGCGGCGGAGAUCCGCGACCCGGCCAAGGGCGCGCGCGUCUGGCUCGGCACCUUCGCCACCCCCGAGGGCGCCGCGCGCGCCUACGACCGCGCCGCCCGCCGCAUCCGCGGGACCAAGGCCAAGGUCAACUUCCCCAACGAGGACCCGCCCCUCGACCUCGACGACUACGACGUUGCCAACGGCGGCUACAACGUCGCCGGCUUCUUCCACCAGCCGUCCUACAUGGCCGAAGCCACCGCGCCGGUGCCGGAGGCGGCGUACGCUCACCAGCUGCCGCAUCAUGACGAGCCCGGGAUGGAGCUCUGGAACUUUGACAACAUCAACACCCAAGUGCCUAUGUGA